CAGGCGAAACGGGAGUAAGGAACUCCAGCUGGAAAUGAAAGAAGGCGAGAAGCGAUCUGAAGCGGAAAAGCUUUGGUGGCUUCAGGUCCCACUAUUUAAAUUUUACAGAGGAAAAUAACUUUAAUUUUAUUUUAAAAAAAUCAUUGAUCGUACCAUCUGCAUUUCAUUUUCUUCCGACUAGACGUGAGUGCGCGUGUGACACGUCUUCGGUCUUCUAUUCCUACAACUUUCAGGAGCCUUCAAUCCUUGAACUUAAUUGUCUGGAGUCUCAGGAAUUCUGGCUAUCAUCCCCAGUUUUUGUGCUCUUGCAGCAAUGCCAGAAGGCCCCUCUGUAAAGAAGUUCCAGUUUCUGUGUUCUCCCUAUGUAGGGAAGAUGGUAUCCAAGGUGGGAGGAAGCACUAGACAGAUCAAUCCAGAUGAUUUGAAAACACUAACACUGUGGGAUAUUCAAGUCCAUGGGAAAAACUUGUUUUUGGCUUUUGGCACCAAAGAGAAAUUAAAACUCAGCCAUGACAGCAUAUCCUCGGAUUUGCUUGAACAAAGAUUGGAAAUGCCUGGAAGCAGUUCCUUUCUCCAGGGCCAGAAAGAAAAUGAAGUUGAAAUAUGCAAUCCUGAAUGCGGUCCACAAGAAGAGUCAGCAAGCUGCUUGGCAUCUGAUAUGGAUAAUAAUAAUAAUGGGCAGAGUUGGAAAUGGCUCCGCUUCCACUUUGGUCUGUAUGGAAGCAUGAGAGCCAAUGAGUUUGCAAGGGCGAAUAAAGCAAACAAAAGAGGCGACUGGAAAGAUCCAAUUCCCAGGCUAGUUCUCCAUUUUGAUGCUGGGAGCUUUCUGGUAUUUUAUAACUGCCGCAUUCAGCAGUGCUCUUCUCCUAGCACUGAUCCAGCAACUGAUAUCCUGAGCCUGGAGUUUGACCGGGAGCGAGCUUUGGAAGUCCUUGCAAAAGAUACUCCUGUGUGCUACAUACUCCUGAACCAAAGUUAUUUCUCAGGAAUAGGAAAUAUAAUUAAAAAUGAGGCCCUGUAUUUAGCAAGGAUCCAUCCAUUGUCCCUUGGCUCCUCUUUGGAAUCCACAGAUCUCAAAUCUUUGCUUGAGCAUGUUGUCCAGUUCAGCUUGGCGUGGCUCCACAACAAGCUGGGAAGACAAAGAUUGCAGCUACAGAUUUACAUGAAAGAUAAAUGCCCCAAAGGGCAUGAGGUAAAGAAGGCAACAUUUGGACCACCAGAUGGGUUGAAAAGACUUACCUGGUGGUGUCCACAAUGCCAGCCUCGAGUGCCCCCUGAAGAGAUGGAUAUGUCUCUUGUACAAGACACCUGAUUUGCACAAUCUCCUUGGUUGUACGAUUUCAAGAGAUAAUGUGGAAAUCAGGGAACAAGUUCAUGAUUCAAGAGAGAAUGUGCAAGCCCAGGCGUUCCUUAAAGGAAUUUAAGAUUUACAUACCGUAUGCAUUGAGCCAUCACUUUCCACAGUCCAAGUAGCCACUUAGGUAGUACCUGGAGAUUUGUGAUUAAUGAAAAUGAUUCAAGAUCUACAAAUGCAGCAUGCCAGAUGAAGCUUGCUCCCAGUGAUGAAGAUAUUUGGAGGCAGGGGGAAUGGUUACCAUUCACCUAUGAUGUCAGGAAUGCUCUCUAUGCUUGGACCAUGCUUGUCUUGGAUUUACACAAGGUCAAACAUUUUUUUCAGAUUCUCAUUCCAAUAUUCUUUUAUUAUAGGAAUGACUCAUGUCAAAACAAUUCUUUAUAAUCACCAUUGUAAUUACAUAAGACUGCAUCAUAUUUAAUUUUCUGAGGUAGUAUUAAGGAACAAAAUUAUGCAAAUUAGUUUUGAUUUGUAAAUGAGGAAUCCAUUUAUAGUUGACCUGAAAUAUUAGUAAGCCAUUAAAACAAAGACAUGUGAUUUGGCUGUGAGGAGGAAGAAGGUAAAACCCUAUUCUAGAAUUUGAAUUUGUUUAAUGUUAAGAUCAAACAAACUAAAUAUUUGUAGUUACUAAUAACAUAGAUGGUAUUUUGAAAGCUCCACUUUCUCAGUUUCUCAGUUUAUAUUUUGAUAUAGUAAGGAGAAGAGGCUUAGAAUCUUCUUUAUUUGAAAGCUGAAAGCUCUCUUGAACAUGGAAGCUUCUGAAUUUUAUUAAAAUAUGUCUUGUUGGUUUGAAUGAAACAUUA